GACAGUCGCAACACGCUGCCGGGUCGCGCACGAAAUUUAUGGAAAUGAAAGCAUCACUUUAGAUAGCAUCGACACGUUGUUCCGCGCUCUUAUCGAUUCAAAUUAAGGAAUGCUACAUGAAAUAGAAAAUAUAUAAAAAAAAAAUCUCGACAAAUCAUAGACAUGUGCGCAAAGUGGGCAAAGUGAAAAGAGCCAAGACGCAACAAUUGCAUUGACAGUGUGUCCAAGAGUGAUGAAUCGAAGAGUUGGCGCAAAGUGAACGGGUUUUCGGUCGGUUUCGGUUAGUCGGUUAGUUAGUUGCUCGUUGCAGGCAUUUCACCAACGCCGACUGCAACUCCAAUUUCCGAACAAGCCAAACCAAAAGCCAAAAACGAAAGUUUCCACGAAAUUCGUAAAGUCGAGCCAAAUUCUUUGGCGGAAUUCCGCAAAAGUUUGGCCAAUCCCCGAGUAAGCACCGCUGUUCAAAACCGUAAAAUGUGUAAAACAAAUCAAUUAACCGCAAGUUGCAACCAACUGAACUAAUGCGCAUUAUCUAAGAGAGCGUAACGAACAGAACGUGCAUCAGCGAUCCAGCGAAACGGUGGUAUGAAAUUGAUGCAGAAAAUAAAAGGAAAACAAAACAAAACAGAAAUAUAUAAAAACAAAUUACAGCAGAGUGGUGCAGAGUGGUGCAGCAAAAGUUUAAUGAAAAUGCUAAGCAAGACGAGCGCUGUUGCCAGCCAUCAGAUCAAAUUAAAAGCAAACACGCACAGAAAGCGACGAUGCAGCCCGCUGCUGUUGCCACUGUUACCAAUGCUGCUGCAACUGCUUUGCCAGCUGGGGCAUGCCACGGUGUUGACACAUGCCGGGUACAAUAGAACAUCAAGCAAUGCUGGGCAGGCCUUCAGUCAGCCUUUGACAACGAUGACGGGCGUGGCGCGCAACGAUGACAACAGCUUUCGGCCCAUCCUGCCCAGAGACAUAAGCCCCGAGUUUAUUUCGCGCAAUGUGUUUACCAAGUCGGGGCAGUACCGUGUCUUUCAGCCGGUCGAAAGCGAGAGCGACUUGCGCCUGGCCGUGGCAAUGCAGCGGAAGGAUUACACGCAAGAGGAUGCACCUGUCCAGUCGCGCAGUGUCCAGCCGGAGCCAAGGCCACAGCCAACUCAAAGGUCAACAACUACGACAACGACCACAAAGCCCUUUGAGAGAGCCAGCCAGCUAAACGAGAGCUCGACUGUGAUGCAAAAUGAGCUGCAGAGCCUGGAGGACUUGCUCAUGGAAUAUGUACAGCAAUUUUUCACCGAGGGCAAAUACGAGCCGAUGCCCGGACUUGUGUUUGCGCUCCAAAAGAAUCACACAAAGGAGCAUGUGGAAAAGCCUGUAAGGUUCGAACGAAGUGCUUUGGACUCGGCCAAUGUGGAACUCAAUGUUCCCCGCGCGCUGCAAAGUGCUCGGCUAUUGUUUUUUGCAGGACUCAAGAAGAUUAUGUGGCCCUUGUACAUGGUUUUGCAGAUGCUAAAGAGUAUACUGUUCGCCAUGUUUCUGCCCACAAUUAUUGGCAGCGUGAGUCGUCUGAUUGGCAAGGGCAUCACCUCGGGCUCGGCCAGCUCUGUGCCAUUGUUUGUGCGUCCCAUGGAGCCGCCGCAGGAGCUGGACUUUAGGGAUAACAGCCUUAACUUUGAGGAGGACAACAAGUUUGCCAUGGCUGAUGAUGGCAAGCCGAAUGCAGGCUAUGAGUACAAUGCAGAGGCCUCGCAGCAACAGGCGCAGUAUGCGUCGUUCAAUCCCAACUCGCUGAACUCGGCCACGCUCUCGAGGUACGGCGGCCAGCAGAUGCAGGAGACGUAUCUUAGUGCGCUGCAGAGCAUUGGCGCUGCUUCCUUUAAGAACUCGCAGAGCCUCUCGGCCGGCUCCUCCAGCGGCAUGGCGGCGCCCGGCAUGGCCAAGAAGCCCGCCUCGCCCGCAAAUAUGAAUACAUUCCAGAGCUUUCAGAAGGUUCCAAACUCCUCGCUGCUCUUGUCCAACUAUGAUCCCUUCUACAGUCCCUUGCUGUCGCGCCUAGACUCGGUCUUUGCACAACUAAAGCUAAACUCGGAGAACGAGCAUUGCCGCGAGAAGCUCAUCUGCCUGAUGUACGCCAAUCCCGCAAAGUAUGCUCCAUACAGCAAUCUUGUCUCGGCCCAGCUCAGUCGCGAGUUAAAUGAAUUGCGCAAGCCGACCUCCGAUAACCCAGAUAUCCUGCGCUUCUUCAAGUAUAUGCGCGCGGCCAAGGAUGGCCAGGACGGCGUCGACUGCGAGCAGUCGUUUGUGAAAUGCAAAGAAUUCAAGGAUUUCGAAAAUCCAGCAAUGCUCUCCACUUACAACGACAUCAACAAAUUGGUCCAGGCUCGUAAAUUGGCGUAGGACGACGCAUGCCAAACGAGCGAUGUGAGAGGUGAAAGCUCUCGCACCAGUCAAGACCUGGGCACAUCAGGUGUUGAUGCCUGUAGCUGUAAUUAUGCAAAUUUAACUUUAGCCUAGCCAUACAUGAAUGCAUAUGAGCGUCUAUAUAUUA